UGGAAUGGCCGCCAGUGCAGGUUGUGAUCUCGCAAUUACAGAGUUCGAGCCCUACGCCAUCAGCACAGAGCCUGCGUGGGAUCCUCUCUCCGCACUAAGCCGCUGAGCCAACCAGGCGUCCUUCAACUCCUUUUUUAAAAAAUAAGUUCUUUCGAUGGCUCAGUUGUCAAGAUCAUCAUUCAGGUCAUCAUGAUCUAAGGCCAAAAAUCAAAACAAAACAAACAAAAACUUGCUUGGAUAUACUGCACUACAAUUAUAACUAAAUAUGGAAAAUGAACCAGACUAUGAAAAUGUGGAACAGCGCCUCUGUGCUGAGUCUACUGAAGAAGAACUGAAUAAAUCUUUCAGUCUUGAAGCUUCGCUUUCAAAAUUCUCUUACAUAGAUCUGGACAAGGAGCUGGAGUUGAAAAAUGAUCUGAUUGAUGACAAGGAGUUUGAUAUUCCUCAAGUUGAUACUCCUCCAACGCUGGAAAGCAUACUUAACGAGACUGAUGAUGAAGAGGAGUCUUUUGUCCUGGAGGACCCUACAUUGUUAAACAUUGAUACUAUUGAUUCUCACUCCUAUGAUACUUCUUCUGUGGCAAGUUCAGAUAGUGGUGACAGGACCAACUUAAAAAGGAAGAAGAAAUUACCUGAUUCUUUUUCACUCCAUGGGUCAGUUAUGCGACAUUCACUUUUGAAGGGAAUUUCUGCCCAGAUAGUGUCUGCAGCUGACAAAGUGGAUGCUGGCUUGCCUACAGCAAUUGCAGUGUCCAGUCUGAUAGCAGUGGGUACAUCUCAUGGAUUGGCUUUAAUAUUUGAUCAGAAUCAAGCUUUGCGACUCUGUCUGGGGAACACUAGUGUUGGAGGUCAGUAUGGAGCCAUCUCUGCCCUCAGUAUCAACAAUGACUGCUCAAGACUUCUCUGUGGCUUUGCUAAGGGACAGAUCACGAUGUGGGAUUUGGCCAGUGGAAAACUUCUAAGAUCAAUAACAGAUGCUCAUCCUCCAGGAACAGCAAUAUUGCAUAUUAAGUUUACAGAUGAUCCAACUCUUGCAAUUUGCAAUGACAGCGGAGGCUCUGUUUUUGAAUUGACAUUUAAGAGAGUGAUGGGAGUGAGAACGUGUGAAUCUAGGUGUCUGUUCAGUGGCUCCAAGGGUGAAGUUUGCUGUAUUGAGCCUCUCCAUUCUAAGCCUGAGUUGAAAGAUCAUCCCAUCACACAGUUUUCUUUAUUGGCCAUGGCAUCCUUAACAAAGAUACUGGUCAUUGGAUUGAAACCCUCCUUGAAAGUGUGGAUGACUUUUCCCUAUGGAAGGAUGGAUCCUUCCAGUGUUCCAUUGUUGGCCUGGCACUUUGUGGCAGUGCAUAAUUACGUGAAUCCCAUGCUUGCCUUCUGCAGAGGAGAUGUUGUUCAUUUUCUGUUGGUGAAGAGAGAUGAGUCUGGAGCAAUACAUGUUACAAAGCAAAAGCAUCUUCACCUCUAUUAUGAUCUCAUCAACUUCACUUGGAUAAACUCACGCACAGUUGUGCUCUUAGACAGCGUGGAGAAGCUGCAUGUGAUUGAUCGGCAGACUCAGGAGGAAUUGGAAACAGUGGAGAUCUCAGAAGUUCAGUUGGUCUAUAACAGCAGCCAUUUCAAAUCCCUAGCCACCGGAGGAAAUGUUAGCCAGGCGCUGGCUUUGGUUGGAGAGAAGGCUUGUUAUCAGUCCAUCAGUAGUUACGGUGGUCAGAUCUUUUAUCUGGGGACAAAAUCUGUUUAUGUGAUGAUGCUGAGAAGCUGGAGAGAGAGAGUGGAUCAUCUCCUGAAACAAGAUUGUCUUACAGAAGCCUUGGCUCUUGCAUGGUCUUUCCAUGAAGGAAAAGCAAAAGCAGUAGUGGGAUUAUCAGGGGAUGCCAGUAAGCGAAAGGCUAUUGUUGCAGAUCGGAUGGUAGAAAUCCUCUUCCACUAUGCAGAUCGAGCUCUGAAAAAGUGUCCAGACCAGGGGAAAAUCCAGGUGAUGGAGCAGCAUUUUCAGGACAUGGUGCCUGUCAUAGUUGAUUACUGCCUGCUGCUACAGCGAAAGGAUCUUUUAUUUAGCCAGAUGUAUGACAAAUUAAGUGAGAAUUCAGUGGCUAAAGGAGUGUUUUUGGAAUGCCUUGAGCCUUAUAUUUUAAGUGAUAAAUUGGUGGGGAUGACCCCCCAGGUAAUGAAAGACUUGAUUGUUCAUUUCCAAGAUAAAAAAUUAAUGGAAAAUGUGGAAGCCCUCAUUGUACAUAUGGAUAUCACCAGCCUAGAUAUUCAGCAGGUAGUUCUCAUGUGUUGGGAAAAUCGUCUGUAUGAUGCUAUGAUCUAUGUUUACAACAGAGGCAUGAAUGAAUUUAUUAGUCCAAUGGAGAAACUUUUCAGAGUCAUUUCUCCUCCUCUGAAUGCAGGAAGGACACUAACAGGUUUUGAGAGACUUGCUGAAGAUACUUUUUCUGUUUUAGAUGAGCAAGUUGUUAUGGGCAACAAGCUACUUGUAUAUAUUAGUUGUUGUCUAGCAGGCCGAGCCUAUCCUCUUGGUGACAUCCCUGAAGAUCUUGUUCCCGUGGUUAAAAACCAGGUUUUUGAAUUUCUGAUUCGUCUACAUUCAGUUGAAGCCUCCCCUGAGGAAGAAAUCUACCCCUAUGUUCGGACUCUGCUACAUUUUGACACAAGAGAAUUUCUAAAUGUAUUGGCACUGACUUUUGAAGAUUUUAAAAAUGACAAACAAGCUGUAGAAUAUCAACAACGAAUUGUGGAUAUUUUGUUGAAAGUAAUGGUGGAGAAUUCAGAUUUUACUCCCUCACAAGUAGGGUGUCUCUUUACAUUCCUUGCCCGGCAGCUUGCAAAGCCUGACAAUACCUUGUUUGUAAACAGAACCCUUUUUGAUCAGGUCCUUGAAUUCCUCUGUAGCCCUGAUGAUGAUUCCCGACACUCUGAAAGACAGCAGGUCCUUUUAGAAUUGCUGCAGGCUGGAGGCAUUGUUCAGUUUGAAGAAGGUCGGCUCAUCCGCAUGGCAGAAAAAGCAGAAUUCUAUCAAAUUUGUGAGUUUAUGUAUGAACGAGAACACCAGUAUGACAAAAUUAUUGAUUGCUACUUACGUGAUCCAUUGAGGGAGGAAGAAGUCUUUAACUACAUUCAUAAUAUCUUAUCCAUUCCUGGGCACAGUGCAGAGGAGAAGCAGUCUGUAUGGCAGAAGGCAAUGGAUCAUAUCGAGGAGCUUGUCUCCCUGAAGCCCUGUAAAGCUGCAGAGCUGGUUGCUACUCACUUUUCUGAACAGAUUGAAACAGUCAUUAAAAAACUUCAGAACCAGGUUUUGCUUUUCAAAUUUUUGAGGAGUCUUCUUGACCCAAGGGAAGGUAUUCAUGUAAAUCAGGAGUCGCUACAGGUGUCUCCCUCUGUUACGGAGCAGUUCAUUGAGCUGUUGUGUCAGUUCGACCCAAACCAGGUUAUAGAGACGCUGCAGGUCCUCGAGUGCUACCGCCUGGAAGAAACCAUCCAGAUUACCCAGAAGUAUCAGCUUGAUGAAGUCACUGCCUAUCUAUUAGAAAAGAAGGGAGAUGUUCAUGGUGCCUUCUUAAUAAUGCUAAAGAGACUACAAAGCAAACUUCAGCAGAUAACACAUCAAGAUGAAAAAGCCAAAGAGGAUCUUUCAUUGAAGGAUGUUGAAGAUACCAUGGUACAGACAAUUGCCCUUUGCCAGAGAAAUUCACAUAAUUUGAACCAGCAGCAACGAGAGGCACUCUGGUUUCCGUUAUUGGAGGCAAUGAUGGCCCCUCAGAAGCUGCCUGCAUCAGCUGCACCUCAUCUGCACCCUGAAGCCCUGAGAUCUCUGACCAUGCAAGUUCUAAACAGCAUGGCAGCUUUCAUUGCCCUUCCAUCAAUCCUGCAAAGAAUCUUACAGGAUCCAGUUUAUGGAAAAGGAAAACUUGGAGAAAUCCAGGGACUUAUUCUUGGAAUGUUGGAUACCUUUAACUAUGAGCAAACUCUGCUGGAAACGACUACUAGCCUUCUAAACCAGGAUCUCCAUUGGUCAUUGUGUAACCUGAGAGCUUCAGUCACCAGAGGACUGAAUCCCAAGCAGGAUUACUGCUCUAUAUGUUUGCAACAGUACAAGAGACGCCAAGAAAUGGCAGAUGAAAUCAUUGUCUUUAGCUGUGGCCAUUUGUAUCACUCAUUCUGUCUGCAAAACAAAGAGUGCACCAUGGAAACUGAGGGGCAGACAAGAUGGACUUGCUACAAAUGCAGCUCAAGUAACAAAGUGGGGAAACUAAGUGAAAAUUCAUCUGAAAUUAAAAAGGGGAAGACAGCCCCAUUACAGGUAAAAAUGUCUCCUCCCUGUCAUCCAUCCAAAGGGGAUCCUGCUGUUAAGAAGGCAGCCUCAGAACCUGUGCUGGACCCACAGCAAAUCCAAGCAUUUGAUCAGCUUUGCCGUCUCUACCGAGGAAGUUCCCGGCUGGCCCUCCUUACAGAACUCUCCCAGAAUCGCAGCAGCGACAGCUACAGGCCGUUCAGUGGCUCCCAGAGUGGCCCUGCUUUCAACAGCAUCUUCCAGAAUGAGAAUUUCCAGCUGCAGCUCAUUCCCCCACCUGUGACCGAAGACUGAGGCCUGGCGCUAGAGACCAUCCUAAUGCAACCAGGGAGGGACCCCCUCUCUAACUGUCUUGGUCCCUCUGCCUGCCCCUCUUCUGAGCAGAG